AUGAUACUCAAACCCUUUCUCAUAGCCCUGGGCCUCCUGUCUGUAGCCCAGGCCAUCAAACCCUUCACAUGGAAUAAACAAACAUUCCUCCUACAUGGUAAACCAUUCCAGAUAAUCGGCGGCCAAAUGGACCCCCAACGCAUCCCCCACGAGCUUUGGACCGACCGACUAGCCAAAGCACGCGCAAUGGGCCUAAACACCAUUUUCUCAUACGUCUACUGGGACCAACUAGUGCCUGAAGAAGGCGCCUGGGAAACAAGCGGCAACAACGACAUCGCACGCUAUUUCAAGAUCGCCCAAGAACAAGGACUGAACAUCGUCUUGCGCUCUGGGCCCUAUAUCUGCGGCGAGCAUGAAUGGGGCGGGUUCCCUGCUUGGUUGAGUGAAGUACCCGGUAUGGUCGUUCGAACAAGUAACAAAGAAUACCUUGAAGCCGCGAAAUUCUACAUCGAUCAUCUGGGCGCAGAAUUGAAGGAUUUAAUGGUCACAAAUGGAGGUCCUAUACUUAUGGCCCAGGUUGAGAAUGAGUAUGGCUCUUACGGUGAUGAUCAUGUUUAUAUCUCUUCUUUACGGGAUAUGAUGAGGGAAGCCUACGGUAUCCCGCUAUAUACCAAUGAUGGCGGGGAAGAGUCGAUGCUUAUGGGUGGCCAGAUACCCGGUGCACUGGCCGAAACGGACGGGAGUCCGCAGACAGGAUUCGCGGCGAGGAAUGAAUAUGUGACUGAUCCGAGUAGCUUGGGUCCUCAGCUUGAUGGGGAGUACUAUGUUACUUGGCUGGAUCAGUGGGCGAGUAACUACACGCACGAGACGGAUGUUGGAAACACCGCUGCUAUUAAGCAGGUGACUUCCGACUUGGUUUGGAUUUUGAAGAACGAUAGUUCGUUCAGUAUCUACAUGUUUCAUGGUGGCACGAACUGGGGAUUCCAGAAUGGUGCUGAUUGGGGGGAUGCGCUGGAGCCCAUAACCACGAGUUAUGACUAUGGUGCACCGCUCGAUGAGAGUGGACGGACGAAUGAGAUCUAUCACGCAAUCCGGGAGAUGAUCGGUGCAUAUGUUGGCAAUGAUAGCAUUCCUGAUCUGGUACCCGAAAGUCCAUUGAUCACUAUCCCAUCCAUCAAACUCGAACCGGCCGUGAGCAUGUUCGAUGCACUCCCGGACCCGAUUCGGAAGACGACGCCUGUCAAUAUGGAAGCCGUUGACCAGUCCACUGGGUUUAUUUUAUACCGACACACUGCUACCUCUGCUAUAAGCGGGGUCGUGAAGACGGGCGACCAACCUCGAGACCGGGUCCUCGUUUACGUGAACGGGAAGCGUGUCGGUGUAAUCGAUAGCACGUACGAAGUACCGAAUACCGUUUCUGUCGCGUUGAAGAAGCACGAUGUUCUCGAUCUGCUGAUUGAGAAUAUGGGUCGCGUGAACUUUGGUUCCAAGAUUGUGGAUCAGCGGAAGGGAAUUGUAGGAAAUGUUACUGUUGAUGGGAUGGUUCUCUCAAACUGGGAGUUGUAUCCUCUUCCUCUGACAACCCCUCCGGCUGCCGCAGCUACAGCGCCCCAGGUGACGACAACAUCGGGUCCGAUCUUCUAUACGGGAUCCUUUGACGUUGAUACAAUGGGUGAUACAUUCCUCGAGCUACCAGGGUGGACGAAAGGCGUUGUUUGGGUGAAUGGUAUGAACCUAGGUCGGUACUGGGUUAUUGGGCCUCAACAGACACUGUAUCUUCCUGGUGUUUAUCUUCGUGAGACUGGAAACAGUAUUACCGUGCUGGCGCUGGAGCCUACUGGGGAUGAGGGUGAGGUUCGUGGGAUCACGACGCGGAACUGGGGCAAUAAUCCUGAUCCUGAUAUGUAA